GACAAAGCCCUAUUUGCGAACUCGUCUGGACUCUUCACGUCUUCUUCCAGAACCUUCGAGUUCUUUCCAAUGGGUUGGUUGAUUUUGUGAGCUUCUACUUCCCAUCUCGAUUUUUGUAGAACUAAGGAUAUUUAUGUGUGUGGGUUUAUGCCUCAAGCCGUAAAUUGCUAAUCGAUCAGAGUUGGAACCAACCGAACAAACCUCAGCAGUUCCGGCAACGUUAAGAACAGUAAUGGCGAAAGAAGGACCUGAUUGGGAAGGACUGCUCAAGUGGAGCCUCGCUAACUCAGAUGGUACUCGUCCUUCUCGUAACUUGAGCGAGGAGGACAGAAAAUGGUUCAUGGAAGCUAUGCAAUCUCAAACUUUGGAUGUCAUCAAGCGAAUGAAAGAGAUAACUCUCGUUAUGCAAACUCCUGAGCAAGUCCUGGAGGAGCAGGGAGUUACUGCUUCAGAUAUUGAAGAUAUGCUAGAGGAGCUACAGGAGCAUGUCGAGUCCAUUGACAUGGCUAACGAUCUUAACUCAAUUGGUGGAUUGGUUCCUCUCCUUGGUUACCUGAAGAACUCCCAUGCUAAUAUUCGAGCUAAGGCUGCAGAUGUUGUCACCACAGUUGUUCAGAAUAACCCAAAGAGUCAACAACUGGUGAUGGAAGCAAAGGGCUUGGAACCUCUGCUUUCGAAUUUUACUUCAGACGAGGAUAUUACUGCUCGUACCAAAGCACUUGGAGCAAUAUCCUCUUUAAUCAUGCACAACAAGCCGGGAAUUGCUGCAUUUCGUCUUGCAAAUGGUUAUGGUGCUCUGAGAGAUGCUUUGAGUUCAGAGAAUGCGAGAUUCCAAAGGAAAGCACUCAACUUAAUCCACUACCUACUACGGGAGAACCAGUCUGACUGUAAUGUAGUCACUGAGCUAGGGUUUCCUCGGAUUAUGAUGCACCUCGCCUCCAGUGAAGAUUCAGAAGUGAGAGAAGCUGCACUUCGCGGCCUCCUUGAGCUUGCCAAAGACAGGACUGAUGGAACCCAGGGUGGUUUUGGGGAGGAAGAUGAGAAACUGAAGCAAAUUCUUCAAGAUAGGAUGAAUGGUAUUAGUGCGAUGCCUAUGGAGGAUCUUGGGGCUGUCAAGGACGAGAGGCAGCUUGUGGAUUCCCUCUGGAAUGCCUGUUUUGACGAGCCGUCUUCUCUUAGGGAGAAGGGGCUUCUUGUUCUUCCAGGGGAUGAUGCACUUCCACCUGAUGUUGCCGGUGGGCAUUUUGAACCUCCUCUGAGAGCCUGGGCUGCAAAUCCCGAAUUUGGUAGGAAUGCUAGUACUGAAAAGAAGGAAACCCCUUUGUUGCUUGGUCCAGGUCCUUCAACAGAGGAUGGAGCCCGUCUCCAAGUUAGCUCAAAUGGAGAUGCUGAUGCAGGUGACCACCACCGUAGUGACUAGUGACCGAUGACAGUAAUGUAGCUUGGCGUGUUCAUAUGUUUAGUUGGACGCGUUUUUGUGGAAUUUCUUUUUUUUAAAAAUCCUGUGUAACAAUGCCUUCUUUACUGUCUGUCUCUCAAAUUAGCACUCAGAUGUUUGUGUGUUAUUAUUGAGAUAUGGCCACUGGUUGUCUGGUUUUUGUAGAAAAUGUUUUUGGAACACAAGAGGCUCUGCAUGAUAUUACAUUUGGAAUGACAAGGAUGUUGGUACUAUUUUUGAUGUUGAA